AUGAAGCGAGACACCAGCGUGUUCAGUCCCGACGUCAUCUUCGAGUCAUCCAGUCAAGGACCCAUCUCGUACGACACCUCUAAGGUCCUCAAGGGAUACAUCGAAGAGGACGAAGAGUCGUCGGUUGAGGGCCUCAUCACGAGCGAGGGGCUCUUCGACGGCGUCAUAGCAAUGCGGAGCGGCGAAGAGUACUUUGUCGAGCCGGCCAGCCGGUACUUUCGUUCAGCCGGUGACUUCCAUUCCGUCGUGUACAAGAGGUCAGACGUGCACUUUCCCGAGAACCAGACCUACUGCCACGUCCACAAGCCGGCACCGUGCGAAGGCAGCCCCACGGGUACCGAGGUCCGGAGAAGGGCGCCAUGGGCCACAGCGCUCCUCGAUGAAGAGCGCGCAGUGAGAAGGAGGAGGAGACGACGGCGGCAGAGCGACGAACCACGCCUAAUGUGGCGAGACGGCGACGCAGCGCACUACAGCCAAAAGGACCUGGAGCUACCGGAGCCGGACUCCGCGGCGCUGGGUAUCCGGUCGGUGCAGCGCACUCAGUGGGCCGCGGGCAGCGACCAGCCCGCCAAGAACGUCGUCAUCGACCCAAAGAAGACCACCUGCAUGCUGUACCUGCAGGCCGACCACCUAUUCUACCAGAGAAUGGGCUCGGAGGAGGCCUGCAUUGAGACCAUGACGCGGCACGUACAGAAGGUCAACUCCAUUUAUAGGACCACAGACUUCGAUCAGGACGGCCGCUCGGACAACAUCUCGUUCCUGAUCAAGCGCAUCAAGGUGCACACGAUGGACGCGUUGCGGGACCACGAGUACCGGUUCCCGGGGAACUACGGCGUCGAGAAGUUCCUGGAGCUCUUCUCGGAGGAGGACUACGACGCCUUCUGCCUGGCAUACAUGUUCACCUACAGGGACUUCGAGGGCGGGACGCUGGGUCUCGCCUGGACGGGAGACCUCAAGAAUGCCGGAGGCGUCUGCGAGAAGAACGGGCACUACCGGGGCAGCCUCAAGAGCCUGAACACAGGCAUCGUGACGCUGCUCAACUACGGCAAGCACGUGCCCCCGAUUGUGUCCCACGUGACGCUGGCGCACGAGAUCGGACACAACUUCGGCUCACCGCACGACCCCAAGGACGACAGCAUGUGCACCCCUGGCGGUGAGAACGGAAACUACAUCAUGUUCGCGCACGCCACUUCCGGGGACAAGAGGAACAACAAUCGCUUUUCGCCCUGCAGCCUGAAAGGCAUCAACGCAGUGCUCAACUCUAAGGCGAGGAACACCAAGGGAUGCUUUUCAGAGCCCCAGGACUCGAUCUGCGGCAACGAGGUGGUCGAGGCCGGUGAGGAGUGCGACUGCGGCUGGGAGGACGACUGCCUCGAGCCGUGCUGCUUCCCCAUGCGAUCCAACCCGCCGCGAGACGAACCGCCCUGUAAGCUCAGGCCUAACGUCGUAUGCAGCCCGAGUCAAGGUCCGUGCUGCACCCAGGAUUGCGUUUUAAAGAUCGGAGACAAGUGCCGGGAUGACAACGGAUGCCGGAGCGCCAGCUAUUGCGAUGGUGAAGGACCACAAUGCCCGUCUUCGACAAGCAAACCUAACAAGACCAUCUGUAACGAGGAGUUUGUCUGCUACAUGGGGGAGUGCACGGGCUCUAUCUGCAUCGCGUACGGCCUGCAGUCGUGCCAGUGCAAGCGCAGGCCGCACGACCCCGUGACCAAGGCCUGCGAGUUGUGCUGCCGCCUGCCCGGGGAUGAUUCCACCUGCAAGUCUUCUUUCGAGUGGAACCACCCGCCCUACGACGUUCCGAACCUAUUCGCAAAGCCGGGCACGCCGUGUGACAAUUACAACGGAUACUGUGAUGUGUUCCAAAAGUGCCGCGAGGUGGACCCUUCGGGGCCCCUCGCCACCCUACGCAAGCUUCUGCUGUCCACGGAAACCAUAAUUUCUCUCAGGCGCUGGAUAUUCGACAAUUGGUGGGGAGUGCUCCUUUUGGGUCUCUCCGUGCUCGUCUUUCUGUGUGUAGUGGUCAAGUUCUUCGGGCGGAAGACGGACCCAGUGAAGAGCGUGGCGGGCAGCGGCUCAGGCUCCAGCGCCGUCCCCGUCGCCUGCAACCCCGUAGUGCAGCCCGUAGUAGCCGCCAGUGGUGGCGGUGGCGGCCCGUUCCGCUCGAGCCAGGCGGCGACCAAGGCGGUCUUGGCCUCCAGCGCGCCGGGCAUCGUGUCGACGGCGCUGGGCGCCCACUCGGCGCCCGCGACGGCCACCACGAGCAACUUCGUGAAGACGACGCUCUCGCUGCACCCCGCCGCCCGCUCCUACCUGAGCCACGCCGGCAACGGCUGGGUCUGACCAUCGAGCCGCCUCAGCGUAAGGGGCACCGCGACCAGCAGCUACAGGCACCACCACCCUUGCUGCGACCCUGCUUGCUACACGGUGUACGGACUGCCGCAGACGACGCUCCGCAGGCCCACCACAGCAGUGCCGGCCGCUUGUCUGACGGCGACCGCACCGACCGCCAGUGCCGCCUCCGCAGCUCCCGCCGUGGUGCCUUUAUUUCAGGAGCCCUACGCGUACGAGUCGGACGCUUACUGGUGAAGCCGGCGUCUGCUGGGAUAAAGCAUCGCUAGUCCUCGGGGUUCACCUGCCUUUGUAGAAGGGUCAUAGAGUAGGGCC